UUUUCUCUCGGCCAAAAACAACCGGCGAUUAAACAAUGCCACGGCUAAGCAACGCCGCCGUGAUAACAACGAACGCAAUCCUCGUAUUGAUCGGCCUCGCCACCUUAUGUUUCUCUGUAUACCUCUUCAUCGCAGGCCCAUCAGAAUGUCAACGCUUCAUUCAAAACCCUCUCAUCGUGACAGCGACUCUCCUCUUCUUCAUCUCUUCCUUAGGCCUCAUCGCGGCUCUCUACGACAACUACAUCAUCAUAACUCUCUACCUCUUCUUCCUCUUCCUCUCCAUUCUUCUCACCCUAAUCUUCUCCAUCUUCAUCUUCCUUGUAACUAAUGCUUCCGCCGGCAAAGCGUUUUCGGACAAGGGAAUAGGGAAUGUCAAGACCGGUGAUCUUCAAAACUGGAUCGGAGACCAUUUCCUUCAAGGUAAGAACUGGGAAGGGAUUAAACGAUGCAUGGCCGAUUCUUCCAUUUGUAAGUUUCGUCCACAUGACGUUGACUUUGACGCCAAACACCUCACACACGUAAAGUUUGGAUGUUGUCGACCUCCAGUAGAGUGUGGCUUCGAGGCAAAGAAUGCUACGUUUUGGACAGUUCCGGCCACGUCGACUGCAGCGAUCACUGGAGACUGCAAAACGUGGAGUAACACGCAGAGCCAGUUGUGUUACUCGUGCGAGACGUGCAAGGUUGGAGUUUACAAAGGGAUAAGAAAAAGAUGGAGGAUUCUUCUCGUCUUUAAUCUUCUUCUUAUCCUUCUCGUCGUCUUGCUUUACUCAUGUGGCUGCUGUGUGAGGAAAAACAAUCGUGUUCCAUGGAAACGCCGGUUCCUCUGAAAACUCAUCCUUCA